ACACUCAAUACAGUGUUGUCAAAUCUUUGUCAAAACGCACACGUCUUGCUUAAAACUUGUUUCAAGCAUCGAUGUUUUCAAGUAUUAUCUUCGAAAUAAAAUAACAAAAAAAUUUAUAAAUAACAAGCAACAAUGUUAGUGGUGACAUGGCUUAUGGUGAUUGUGGUGGCUUGUUCCCUCUACUUAUGGAAUGUAUACUCAAAGUUCAGCAAAGUUAAAAUCAAGCACCUGAAGCCGUUUCCCCUCCUAGGUAACAUGAGCUGGAUAUUGUUACGUCGAGAACAUUUUGCAGAAGCUAUGGCAAGACUGUACACAACAUUCCCUGAAGAAAGGUUUUUAGGUUGGUUUGAAAUAUUGAAUCCAUUGAUAAUGUUGAAAGACAUCGAGUUAAUAAAAAAAAUAUGUGUAAAGGACUUCGAACAUUUUUUGGAUCAUCGAUCGUUUAUUGACGCAAAGGCUGAUCCAUUCUUCGGUAGGAACCUUCUGUUGUUAAAAGGCGAGGAAUGGAAAGACAUGCGGUCGACCCUGAGCCCCGCAUUCACCAGCUCCAAGAUGCGGCUCAUGGUGCCCUUCAUGGUAGAAGUCGGCGAUAUCAUGAUCAAGUCGCUCAAGGAGAGAAUACAGAGUUCAAAAGAUGGGUAUAUCGACAUAGACUGCAGAGACCUGACGACACGGUACGCGAAUGACGUCAUCGCCUCUUGUGCCUUCGGCUUCAAAGUGGACUCGCACACGGACAGAGACAACGAGUUCUACAAAAUGGGCAGAGUCGUCGCCAACUUCGAUUCUAAGCAGAUGCUCAGACUAAUGUUUAUGUUAACUUGUCCUACUGUUUCAAAGAUGUUAAAGAUCUCUUUGUUCAACGCUUCGACGAUUGAUUUUUUCCGAAAAUUAGUUGUAAAUACUGUCAAUGAACGUGAGGCAAAACAAAUUGUCAGACCUGACAUGAUACAUUUGCUAAUGGAGGCUAAAAUAGGUAAAUUAACACACGAAGAGAAAACUGGCGCUGAUGCAGAUAUUGGUUUCGCAACUGUUGAAGAAUCAUCAGUGGGCAGGAAGAAAGUUAGCAGAGUUUGGACAGACGACGACCUUGUAGCUCAGGCAUUAAUAUUCUUCUUCGCGGGCUUCGACACCGUGUCUACAGCGAUGAUGUUUGCUCUGCAUGAGCUGGCGAUGAACCCGGACGUCCAGAACCGGCUGUUUGACGAAAUUAAACAACACGAAGUGAGGAAUGGUGGAACACUUGAUUACAAUUCAAUACAGAAUAUGAAUUACUUAGACAUGGUUGUGUCAGAAGUACUCAGAAAGUGGCCGCCCGCCAUUGGACUGGACAGGCAGUGCUUGAUGGACUACAACUUGGGAAAACCCAACAAAGAUGCUGCUGAGGAUUUUAUUAUUCGCAAGGGGCAGACGGUGACGGUGCCCGUGUCGGCGAUCCACCGGGACCCUGCCCUCUACCCAGACCCCGACAUGUUUGACCCUGAACGCUUCUCGAAGGAUAACAAGCAUCUCAUCAAACCAUUCACUUACAUGCCAUUCGGUCUCGGGCCCAGGAACUGUAUAGGUUCUCGGUUCGCGCUGUGCGAGUUGAAGGUGUUGCUGUACCAGGUGGUGCGGCGCGUGCAGCUGUCUCCUUGUGAGAAGACCUGCGUGCCAGCGAAGCUUGCCACCGACACUUUCAACAUACGACUUAAAGGCGGACACUGGCUCAGGUUCCGCCUCAGGGAAUGACGUUCUAUGCAAGUAUCAUUGUUAUAUACAUAAUUGAAAUAAACAAGACAGGGUGACAAUGUGAAUCACAAAAUAAGAAAACACACGGAAUUAUCUGUGCAAGAUACUUGUACGUCUAGUUCUCAGGUAAAUGCACGGUAACUGUCGAGGUGUUCUGCAAAUAAACAAUUUCAUUAAUGAUACUGUAACUGACUGUCUUAUAAUGUGUAUGGUCAAAUAAAAACUUUUAAUAUUUUA